AUGCCGGGCCCCUAUCUGUUCGUCCUCGCUCCGUCGCGUCCGUGCCGCUUACCGAUGGCUCGGUCCCCGCCUCUUUCCCCCUCCCAAGUCCGGGCUAAAGCUGGUGCGAACGGGAAGCUCCCGGCCCGGCGGACUAACUGGAGCACCGACGCUGCAGCCGGUUGGGCCAGUGCCCUUUCCCGGCAUCCUGACAAAAACAGAGAUCCUGGGGCCUCGGACAAGUUCAUCCAGAUCAGCAAGGCUUACGAGAUUCUCUCCAAUGAAGAAAAGAGAUCAAAUUAUGAUCACUAUGGCGAUGCCGGCGAGGACCAGCGCCAGCAGCAGCGGCGAGAGUAUCGCUUCCGCCAUUUUCAUGAAAAUUUCUAUUUCGAGGAAUCCUUUUUUCACUUUCCUUUCACCUCGGAACGGCGGGACCCGCUUGAUGAAAAGUACUUCCUGCACCUGUCCCACUACGUGAACGAGGUGGUUCCUGACAGCUUCAGGAGGCCGUACCUCAUAAAGGUCACGUCGGACUGGUGCUUCAGCUGCACCCACAUCGAGCCCAUCUGGAGAGACGCGGUUCAGGAGCUGGAGGCGCUGGGUGUGGGCAUCGGCGUGGUCCACGCGGGGUACGAGCGGCGCCUGGCCCACCACCUGGGGGCCCACAGCACACCCUCCAUCCUGGGCGUCAUAAACGGCAAGGUCUCCUUCUUCCACAACGCCGUGAUCCAGGAGAACCUGCGGCGCUUCGUGGAAAGCCUGCUCCCGGGGAGCCUGGUGGAGAAGGUUACAAGUAAAAACUAUGUCCGAUUCCUCUCCGGCUGGCGGCAGGACAAUAAGCCACGCGUCCUUCUGUUUGACCAGGGGCCCUCUGUGCCGCUGCUCUACAAGCCUGCCGACGGGCGAGCCCCUGGUUCACAGCCCGAGGCACAGAGGCACCGAAGCCCGUCCGCCCGGCCCCUGCCCUCCUCCUGGGCCCCGCGCUGUGGGCCCCGCACUGCUGGCACCGCCACUGUCACGUGA